GAAUCGUGCCGAAGAAUGACGAAGACAAGUUCGGGCCUUAUUCCGGUCAUUCGACCGUUUUCAUUGGAUCGAGCGUUAAUACGUAAUACCGCUGCUCUCGCACGCAUUUACCACACAUCGCUCGACUCAGAUGAUAAAAGUUCGUUAUUAUUGAGAUUGAUCAGUUGUUGUUUGGAACGCACGCGAACAAGUGUGCAGAGCACCCUGGCUUUUCGUCGAUUAUCAUUACGAAGAUAUUGUUGCAAGAACGAGAUUGAAGACGAUACAAUGACUGAAAUAAAACGAAAUCCUGCUGCUGACCAGUUAAUCGACUAUAAGAAAAAUUUAAAGCCUGAUUGCCCAAUAUUCCUUACUGGAAGUGGAACACCGAUUUCGAAGAAAGCCAGUUUGACGGUAGGACCAAACGGUCCUAUAUUGCUUCAAGAUUUCGUCUUUUUAGAUGAACUAUCGCAUUUUAAUAGAGAAAGGAUUCCGGAACGUGUAGUCCAUGCUAAAGGAGCUGGUGCAUUCGGUUAUUUCGAAGUUACCCAUGAUAUUACAAAAUACUCUAAGGCAAAAGUUUUUUCCUCAAUUGGAAAACGAACUCCCAUCGCCGUAAGGUUCUCCACUGUGGGUGGCGAAAGUGGUUCUGCAGAUACUGUCAGAGAUCCUCGUGGUUUCGCAGUUAAAUUUUACACUGAGGAGGGUGUUUGGGAUUUGGUCGGUAAUAACACACCAAUAUUCUUCAUUAAAGAUCCCAUAUACUUUCCGAGUUUCAUUCAUACUCAGAAAAGAAACCCUGUUACUCAUUUGAAGGAUGCUGACAUGUUUUGGGACUUUCUCUCUUUAAGACCUGAAUCAACUCAUCAAGUCAUGUUUCUAUUUUCGGAUAGAGGUAUUCCCGAUGGUUAUCGUCAUAUGAAUGGUUACGGUUCUCAUACGUUCUCACUGGUGAAUGCCAAGGAUGAAAUAGUUUACUGUAAAUUUCAUUACAAGACCGAUCAAGGAAUUAAAAAUUUACCAGUAGACAAAGCGGCUGAAUUGAGUGCUAGCACUCCCGAUUAUGCGAUUCGAGAUCUUUAUGAUGCAAUCGCCAAGAAUCAAUAUCCAACUUGGACAUUCUAUAUUCAAGUGAUGACUCCAACACAAGCAAAAUCUUUCAAAUGGAAUCCUUUCGAUUUAACUAAGGUAUGGCCGCAUGAUGAAUAUCCACUUAUCCCUGUGGGUAAAUUAGUAUUAAACCGAAAUCCUGAAAAUUAUUUCGCUGACAUAGAGCAAAUAGCUUUUGAUCCGGCUCAUAUGGUACCUGGUAUUGGAGCAAGUCCUGACAAAAUGCUACAAGGUCGAAUGUUCACUUAUGGUGAUGCUCAUAGACAUCGUCUUGGCCCAAACAAUCUGCAAUUACCAGUGAAUUGUCCAUUCAAGGAAAUUUCUGUAAUAAAUUACCAACGCGAUGGCCAAGCAACUAUAAAUAAUCAAAAUGGUGCACCAAACUAUUUCCCUAAUAGUUUUGGUGGCCCUAGAGAAUGUCCAGCUGUAGCUCCUCCGACGUACUUUGUGAGUGGCGAUGUAGGUCGUUAUGAUGUAGAUCCAAAAGAGGAUAAUUAUGGACAAGUUACUUUAUUCUGGAGAAACGUUCUCGAUGAUAAAGAGAAAAGUAGAUUAGUGAACAAUUUAGUACAAAAUCUUAGCAAUGCAUCGACGUUCAUCGUUGAAAGAGCAGUAAAGAAUUUUACGGAAGUAGAUACUGAUCUUGGGUUAAGACUUACGGAAGGUCUUCGUAAUAAAGGUGUAUUAAUCAAUCCUUAUGGCAAGACAGCUAGAUUGUGAAAAAAAUAAAGAUUACUUUUUAUUUUAUAUUAUAAUCAUUAAUUUAGAUUAGAUAUAUACACUAUAUAAUUAUUAAUAUUUCCCAUAAUGAAGCACAUUAUUAUUUUAGUUAUCUAUCAUCUUCUGAAGCUAAAUAUAUUUUAUGAUGUCUGAUAUUUUUUUUUUACUUUAUUAUACGAUUGUUAACACGUUCAAUUAAUUAUGUAAACGUAUGAAGAUAAUUGAUUAAACUAGUAUAUAAAGAAAAAUUUCUAACAAU